AUGCUCCAACUAGGGUUGCGGCCGUAUCUUACCCAGCCCAUUCUGAUAAGGGGGCUCAUACUGGCUGGCCAGAUUCACAAAGCAUUAAAACUACAGUCUAAUCAGAUCAACAUCCACAGAAGUUUCCAUAGACUCACUCCCUUUCAGCAUUCUUCAUAUGCGCCUACCAGAAUAUUCAAUGAACGUGGUUUCCAGAACCCAAGCAUACAAAACAGAUGGUAUUCUCAGAAGGAGAGAAACCAGGAGUUGCUAGAAAGCUUGGCUUCAAGCCCGUCGGUGAAGCUGCAUCUUGAAAUAGCACAGCUUCGCAAGAAACAGAUUAGAGCCGAGGAGAAGGAGCAGAUGAAGAACAACAAGAUCGAUUUCCGCAAGAACAUGAAAACGAUAGCCCGAAUCUUGAAAUUGGGAAGACCCGACCUCAAGCUUUUCUUCUACGCAUUGGGUUUCAUUCUCUUUGCCGUUUUAUACCCAACAACCUCGGUUAAGCUUGUGGGAGCUGCUAUAGACGCCUUCAAUGCUGGCAAUAAGGACGCCGAUGGCGAUUUGGUCAUUUGGGGCUAUAAAUAUUCCACGGUGUUUUCAGUCAUGGUUCCAUUUAUGUGUGUGAGUGCAGCAUGCUUCUGGGCUCGUAUUUGGGUACUUAAAGUGCUAGGUGAGAGGCUUGUGGCUAGGCUUCGACUUCGUGUGAUGAAGCACUUGUUGAGACACGAUUCUGCGUUUUUCGAUAACGACAAGCACAAGGCGGGCGACUUGAUUUCCAGACUUUCCAGUGAUGCAUAUGUGGUUUCCAGGUCGAUCACAAGCAAUCUCCCGGACGGCUUGAAGAACUUGCUUUUCGGGUUCAUCAGUUCGUACAUGAUGUUCACAAUCAAUCCGCUUUUAUUUGGCGUCAUGUUGUUGAUCUCGCCUCCCAUUACCUUCGGUUCUGUGUGGUAUGGUGAAAAGAUCCGAUCGUUAUCUACUAGACUUCAAAAUGCUACCGCAGGUCUCACCAAAGUCAGCGAAGAAACCCUCAACUCGGUGAAACUUAUCCAAGCUUUUACUGGUGAACAGAAGGAAUUGACAAAGUACUCCACUCAACUCAGAAACGUCGUCAAUGUUGCAAGAAGAGAGGCCUUGGCUCAGUCGAACUAUGCCGUCUCGAUCUAUUCCCUCUACCAUUCCGGCUACUUGUCAUGUAUUGCGUUGGGUGUUUACUUGAUCAUCAACGGUCAGAUGACCACUGGUGACGUUGUGGCUUUCACCAUGUACUCAGAGUUGUUCAACCUGGCACUUUACAGUCUCACCACGACGUACAUGGAGCUCAUGAAGGGUUCAGGUGCCGGUAUCAAGCUUUUUGAGUUGAUUGACCACGACAACGACGUUCCAGCAAUCCAGGGUGAUAAGCUUCCUCCACACUUGAACAACAGCAUCGAGUUCAAGGACGUGGUAUUCAGCUACCCAACAAGACCUAACGACCUUAUUUUUGACGGCUGCUCAUUCACAGUGCCUGCUUCUUCCAGUACCUGUUUUGUUGCACCUUCGGGCUGCGGAAAGUCCACCGUUGCAACGCUUCUUCUUAGAUCUUACAACCUCAACAACGGUGAGAUCCUCAUUGGUGGACGCAACAUCAACGACUUCCAAGUACGUGAGCUCAGACGCGAGGUUAUCGGUAUUGUACAGCAAGAGCCUAUUCUUCUUUCAGGAACCAUUCUUGAGAACAUUGUCUACGGCUUAACGCCUAACCAGAUCAGCAAAUUAACGAUGGAUGAUAUCGAGGAGGUAUGCAAGCAAGCGAACUGUCAUGACUUCAUUGUGGCUUUCCCUGAUGGCUAUGAUACGAUGAUUGGGUCCAGAGGAGCAUCUCUUUCUGGAGGCCAAAAGCAGAGAAUUGCUAUUGCCCGUGCUUUAGUCAAGAGGCCCUCAAUUCUCAUUCUAGACGAAGCCACCUCUGCUCUUGACUCCAAGCUGGAGAGUCUCAUCAAUGAAACACUCAAGGACUUGACCUCGCAAGGUAAGAUGACCAUUAUCUCCAUUGCCCACAGACUCUCGACGAUCUCAAAGUCGGAGAACGUUAUUGUUCUUGGAAAGCACGGCAAGGUGGUGGAGCAGGGUCGCUUUGUUGAGCUUUUCAGCAACCCCUCCUCUGAAUUGUCCAAGCUCUUGGACGAGUCGUCUUUCAAAGAGUACGAAGACCACAUGACGGAGGACGAGGUUGAGGAGCAGGAUAGAAAGGACCACGAAAGUGAGAUGAUCGAAAAGAGACAGAAGGAAGGGUCCGAGGUGGACAUCAUCCGGUCGUUGAUCGACGACUUGCCUUACGACAUCCGUGUGCAGCUCAUUGGCCAGUUCUCCAAGGAGCUCGAGGAUGAGAAGAAGACGAUAACCUCUGAAACGUCGAUGCGUCCGGGCCAGGAGACGUCUUAG